UGUCCGAUCGAUCUCUCCCUUCCCUCGUCUUCCUCCUCGCGCGCCGCCACAGGAGACCCUCGCUCGUCUCGAUCCCAUCUCCUCCUCUCUUUCACUCUGCCCGCCGCCACAGCUCCCGGUUCCUGCAUCACUGGCCCCCCUGCGCCAAUUCCUCCCGCGGCGCCUCUCCUCCCGCUUCUCCGUGCCGCCACCCCCCUUGCUGCUUUUCCCACGCGGCCUGAUGCCGGCCUCGCUGGAGUGCGCUGCCAGAAGCAAGUCGCCGCCGAGUCCUGCCAGUUCCUCCGGCCUCACUGUCCUCUGCUUCACCUCCUCGCGCCUCCUCCUCCCUCCGUUCGGCUUCAAGCUCGCCGCCUCCCUGCCACGGCGUCCGUGCCGUAUCAUCGCGCCGGCGACCACGACCAGCGCCGUGCCCCUGUCGUUGCCGCACCACGUUCCCUGCUCCGCUGCCAUCCGCCUCCGCCUCGCUGUUUCGCCAACCAUGGCCGCCUCUGCACCCGCACGUUGCCCCGGAGGUUUCUCGUUCUUCUGGUGAUUCUUCACAAACUCAACUUCUGGCUUUCAAGACUGCCCCUGG